CACUGAUAAUUGUAGCCAUAUCUAAAGGAAGCAGAGAGUUUCGUCAAGAUAUUUACAAAGGGUUGGAUCGAUCAACCAUCGUGAUCAUAUUAUGGCAGCUAAACCAAAGACUGGUCGGACUAGAGUGGUACCCAACUGGAAAUAUGAUCAUCAUCACCAUUGGCCUUCAAGUUCUAUGUCUAUGGCACCCUCUCACUUCUUCAAGAUAAUCCUUCCCUCCACCAUGCAAGAAAUGAAACUGAGUAUACCUGAAAAAUUUGUGAGUGAAUUUGGGGACGAACUAUCCUCUGUUGCAAAACUCAUUGUACCCUAUGGUCGUAUUUGGCAUGUGGGAUUGGAGAAAUCUGACAAGAACAUUUGGUUUGGUGAUGGUUGGCAGGAUUUUGUAGAAUACCAUUCUAUUUGUUAUGGUUACUUUCUAGUUUUUAGAUAUGAAGGAAAUUCAAAUUUCCAUGUUCUUGUAUUUGAUAAGACUGCCACAGAGAUUCAGUAUCCAUCGAGCAAGAAUUGUAAAUUGGAAGAUCAAGUGGACAUUAUGAAAUUAGGUGAUGCAAAUAUAUCAAUGCAUGACAAGUUGGAUGAAAAUGAAAUGUCUGACUCAGAUGUGUUGCUUAUAAAACAUGAAGUGAGAGAAAAGUUUUUAGAGAAAAGAUUUUCUGGCACAUCUUCAAAAAAGAAAUUUAAGAUGUCCAGAGGAAGAGAGAGAGCAAUCCAAGCAGCCAGAAUGUUGAAGCCUAAAAAUCCUUCUUUCAUAGGUGUCUUGCGGCCAAAUUAUAUGCAAAGAUAUAUUAUGUAUGUGCCUGUCCAAUUUGCUGUCAAGUAUCUUGGUCAGCCUAAAAUUGUCAAACUUCAGACUUCUAACGGAAAGCAAUGGCCUGCCAAAUGCAUUCUCAGAGAUCGUGCAAGUUCAGCAAUGAAUAUAGGGCGGGGAUGGACAGUAUUUUCGAGGGACAAUAAUUUGGAAGAAGGAGAUGUUUGUGUCUUUGAGCUGAUCAAGAAGCAGCCAGUUGUGCUUAAGGUAUCAAUAUUUCGCGUUGUUGACUAUGCAGUGUAAUUGGCUUCAGACUAGUGUCAAAACUAACAAUGGUCAGAGAUUUUCGAGGUGCUGAAGCUUAUGCGGUACGUCAAUGGACUUAGUCUACUGGUAUGGUUAUUUCGGAUGGGUUGAUGCUACAACUUUUUGUUUAAGCUUGUUCAUACAGCUUAGUGGAUCUUGUUGAAGGAUUAUGUAACAAAUGCUCUGUCAUUUUACUUUGUUUCCUAAUAUGUGUUUGUAUUUGGUCUUUUUCUUCCCCCAAAGACCAUUGUGUUGUGCUUCAAUUUGUUGACUGGUGGGAUUUUUGUAA